GGGGCGGGGCAAUUAAUUUACAGAGGCCAACACAAACUUAGAUCGCAAAAAUAUAAUUUCGAUGUUUAAAAAAAUUGAAAAUUUCAACGAUAGAUUUUGGAAAAUAUUUGAUGAAAAUACACUCUGACAUUUUCUUUAUCUGUGAGUUUUCAAAAGGAUUUCUGUUGCAAAUUCAGUUUCACUAUAAUUUCACUGGUUCCCCCUGAACUCAUUUUCGGCGCUACAUUUUGCGCACGAAAUUCGAAAACAGUUAUGGCAGGGACGAAGAAUUUGAUUGUACGAUAACAUCCUACCUUUACAAGAUGACAACUGGAGACAUAAAAAAUAACUUACAAAAGCUAGUCAGUGAAUUGAAAGGCAUAUCAUAUGACAUUGCCACCAUUGAUUUUGAUGCUUUGGUUCAUGGAAUACCAUCAGCCUUUUUACCAAUGAUUCAUUAUACUUUCCUUGAUUACUCACCUCACCUAGCAUCCUAUCUGGCUAAAAGAAACUAUGAUCUCUAUGUAAGAACAGAUCUUCGGUUUGUAGAAACUGUCUUUAAGAUACUAAUGAAAGAAUUUUCGUAUAAGCCCAAUUUAAAAAAAGAGCAAUUUCUGGCACUUGGAUUUGCAGAGAGAAAGAUAAUCUUUGUGACUGACAUGGUCAGAUUUUGUCGAGAGAAAACAAAGCUGAUAUCUUCUAAAAAGAACAAAACAACAAAGAGCUCAAAGUCUCUGUCUCAAAGUAGGUUUGGUCAUCCAGAUCAAAAUUUUCAUGCCAUAAAUUCUUCUUCUAGCAGCCAAACACACUCUGUUACAUCUGCACAGAAUAUAGAGAAUGAAUCACAAACAAUUCCUGAUAGGGAAAUAAACCAAAGUAAACUAGUAAUGUCUGAAAUGCUGAAGCCAGAAACAACCUUGAAUAUGCCAAUGCCAUAUCCAGCUCAGUUUGCCUUUUCUGAACAAAUAUCCCCAAAGACUAAAAUUCCACAACCUUCAGAUUCACUUCUUGUUACACCAAUAAAGGAUAUAGAAAUAAUUUCUGAUAAAGAUUCAAAUUCAGAAUCUGUUCCAAGAAAAAGUAGAGCUGACAUUAUUGAUGUUGAUGACAAUGGACCAAAGACAUUUAAAGUUAUUAGCCACCUUUUUAAUCAAAGUGAGACUGAUGGAACAUUGUUUGAAUCUAGUUUUGGAGAUGGAAAAGAUAGUAAUUCUGAUCAUAUACAUGUCCUUAAAGCUAUGGAUAUACAGGAUGAAUCUAUAACAAAUAAAAACCUAGUACAGAAAAGUACAAAUAUGGAUGCAAAAAAUAAUUCUUGUGCAGUACAACACAGCUGUGAGUGCAAAAUGAAUGAAUCUCUUGCAAAGGACCUCCAAGAACAAGUUCAGAUUCUUUCAAAAAGUCUUAAAGAUGUUAUUGCAAUGAACAAUGAUCUGUCUGCCAGGGUAGUUUUGUUAGAAACUCAGUGUAGACUUAUGGAAGGUAGUAUCGAGGUCAUGGCCUCAAGGCUUGAUAAAGAACAGGAAGAAGGUAUACAAAAAACAUUUGGGCACAAAACAAGAGCAGUUAAACUAAGAAAUCAAAAAAGGGGUCAAGGGCACCUUAGUUCUGUUGAUCCUCAGCCAGAUGAAAUAAAUCUUGAAUAUUCCCCGGAUAAAUAUACAGAUAUUGAUAACACUUUACCUGCUGAUUUUCAACCAUUAACAAUAAGCGAUGAGGAAGAUGUUACUUCAUUUGAACCAAAAAGGAAUGACAAUAAAGAUGAAGCCAAUGAGAUUCUUGAUGAUCAAAUUGAAAACAUACAUGCACCAUCAGGUCAGACAGGUGCUUAUGAUAAAGAUUCUGACAAAGAUCAACCUGCCUUGAGUCCUUUACAUGAAACAGAGUUCUCGUUUAUGGAAGAAGGAACAAAAACAACAGUCAGGAACUUACAGAAGCGGCUAGAAGAAACUAUGAACUUAUUCAAAUUAUCAUCUACAACAAUAAUAGUGGAAAACCAAUCUUAGGCUUUAACACAGAGACAUGUAACAAGACAGAAGAUAUAUUCUAAAAUAUCUGUAAAAAUCCAUAA